AUGCUACUCCAUAUUGAUAUGCACCUGGGACUUUGUCAGCCUGAACAGAAUUCCUCCGCUCACUCCGUAGCAUGGGAAGAAAUGGUAUCCGUCGCCCUGGUCCCUGCCCUAUUCACACAACUGCCACCCUUGGCCGAGCUUUGCGGGGUUAUCGUGAACCCAGACCAGCACCAGUUUGGUGGAAACCCGGAACCCGAGCAUGGAUCUCCGGGUCUCUGCAAGGACGUGAAUUAUGCUUUAGAUCUGCUCCUCGAACAGGGUAAUGCUCCGAGACAGCACCAUCCCUUUUGUAUACCUUCGUCCGUCGAGUCCUGCUUCAAGCUUGACGCCCUGUCAAAUCCGGCCCUUGUCACAAAUGCCCAGCCAACACGGACCGGAACAAGAAUCAUCUCCCAGCCGCUCGGGCAUCAGCUAGUAGUCCUCAUGCCACGAUGGAACCAAUGGAAAGAAGCAAACAACUUUUCUUUUUGGCUACAAAAUGCCUUCCUUAUCCCAAGCCAAAAGUUAAGAGAACAAGUAUAUGCCCGCUCCACUGGCCAACAAAAGAAUGACGACCAGUCCAAUGUGUGA